AUGCAUAGCAGUCCUGAGUUUGCUAUGGUCACGGCGCCGGUUAUUUAUAGCCGACCCUGCAGCACGAGAGGAGUCACAAAAACACAGAGAUCCAUAGAUCGAUCACUCAAGCUAAUUAAGACACGCAUGGUCGUCAUAAACAAAGCACAAGAGAUGACCAUGGCCGCUCUCUCCGUGCUCAACUGCCUCCUCAAGACCGUCCAAGCCGCACGGGCUGACGGCGACGCGCACGUGUGGAUUCCGGCCUCCUCCUUCCCCGAUGAGCUCCGCGAAACCGGCGUCGCUGCGCUGAUCCGGGACGACGCCAAGGCCACGGCGCUCGCGUCCGCCGACUUUGGCAACGUGUCGUUCGCGCCGCCCGCGGCGGCUGUGCUCUAUCCCUCGUGCCCUGCUGAUAUCGCCGCUCUGCUGCGCGCCUCGUGCGCACGUCCGUCACCGUUCCCGGUGUCCGCCCGGGGAUGCGGCCACUCCGUCCGUGGCCAGGCGGGCGCGCCCGGCGGCGUCGUCGUUGACAUGCCGUCGCUCGGGCAGCUCGGUGGAGGCUCCACUUCGGCCCGCCUCUCUGUUUCGGUCGAAGGCCAAUACAUAGACGCCGGCGGCGAGCAGCUGUGGGUGGACGUGCUGCGCUCCGCGCUUGCGCACGGUCUAACGCCGCGUUCGUGGACCGACUACCUCCACCUCACCGUCGGCGGCACGCUCUCCAACGCCGGCAUCAGCGGCCAGGCCUUUCGCCACGGACCCCAGAUAUCCAACGUCCAAGAACUCGACGUCAUCACCGGAUCUGGGGAGAUGGUGACGUGUUCGAAGGAAAAGGAAGCCGACCUGUUCGACGCCGUGCUGGGCGGGCUGGGGCAGUUCGGUGUCAUAACGCGGGCGCGCAUACCGCUCGUGCCAGCGCCGACGAGGGCGCGCUGGGUGCGGCUCCUGUACACGGGCGCCGCCGCACUCACCGGCGACCAGGAGCGGCUCAUAGACGUCGAGCGUGGCGGCGCGGUGUCCGGGCUCAUGGACUACGUCGAGGGCACGGUCCUUGCGGACAAGGGCCUAAUCGGGAGCUGGCGCUCUCCGUCGCCUUCGUCAUCGUCUUCGUCCUUCUUCUCGGAGCCCGACGUUGCGGCGCGCGUCGCCAAGCUCGCGGAAGAGGGAGGCGGCGUCCUCUACUGCCUUGAGGGAGCGCUGUACUACGGCGGCGCAGCCGGCGGCGAGUCCGACGUCGAUAAGAAGCUGGAUGUGUUGCUGCGGGAUCGGCGGUACGCGCGGGGCUUCGCGUCCGUGCAGGACGUGUCGUACGUGGGGUUCCUGGACCGUGUGCGCGACGGCGAGCUCAAGCUCCGCGCCGUCGGCCUGUGGGACGUGCCGCACCCCUGGCUCAACCUCUUCCUUCCGCGCUCCCGCGUCCUCGACUUCGCCGCCGGUGUUUUCCACGACAUCCUCCGCCGUGGCGCCACCGGUGCCAUGGGCCCCGUCCUCGUCUACCCCAUGAACCGCAACAGGUGGGACAGCGAGACGUCGGCGGUGUUCCCAGAGGAGGAGGAGGUGUUCUACACGGUUGGGAUCCUCCGGUCGGCCGUGUCGGAUGGCGAUCUUGGGCGCCUGGAGGAGCAGAACGAGGAGAUCUUACGAUUCUGCGAGGAGGCCGGGAUAUCGUGCGUGCAGUACCUGCCGUACUACGCCGACCAGACCGGUUGGGAGAAGAAGCACUUUGGUCCAGCCAAGUGGGCCAGAUUCAUGGAGCGGAAGAGGAAGUAUGAUCCCAAGGCGAUCCUCUCCCGUGGUCAGAGAAUUUUCACGGCCCCGCCGGCUUGA